UUACAGGCGCAAUUUGCACCAUCCAACCACCAAGUUCCCAAGAUGUCCGCCCCGCAAACCACCACCGUCGCAGAAGACAACUCCGCACCACCCUGGACAAAGCUCAAAUCCUCCGACCUCCCCUGGUACACCGACGACGUCGAAGGCCAGCUCAGCCCCUCCAUACGCGCACAAUUCGAGACCUACUCCGCCAUCCCCGCAGACGACGUAAUCCCACACAUCCGCCGCGUGCGCGCCACCCUCUGGAACAUCCGCGCCUACCCCUGCACAGGCCUCUUCGUCUUCCUCACGCCCUUCGUAGCCUCGCACUCCGCGCUCCCGCGCAUUGUAUCCUACGUGCAGACCGUGCCGGACGGCAAGGUGCUGGACGUGGGGUGCUACAUCGGGCACGACCUGCGGGCGCUGCAGUUCGCGGGGGUGCCGCAGGGGGCGCUGCACGGGCUGGACGUGCUGCCGUUCUGGGAGCAGGGGUGGGAGCUGUUCAACGACCGCGAGAAAUUUGAUCUGAGCGGGCGGGUUGUGGUGGGCGAUGUGCUGGAUUUUAGCGCGGGGAGCGAGGCGAGUAGACUGUUGGAUGGGCGGAUGGAUGUCGUGUGGAGUAGUGCGGUGUUGCAUCAGUUUGCGUGGGAUAAGCAGGUUGUGGCGUGCAAGCGGCUUUUGAGGUAUACGAAGGGGAGGGGGUCGUUUGUGUUUGGGUGUCUGGCGGGGAGCUGUAAGGCCGCCGGGGAUAUUGAGAUGGAGAGGAUGACGGGGGGUGGGGUGAAGCGCGCGGAGGAGCCGUUUAAGCAUGAUAAGGAGAGUUUUGAGCGGUUGUGGGGGGUUGUGGGGGAGGAGGUGGGGAUGGGGUUGGAGGUUGAGGUUAGGUGGACUGAGUGGGGGGACUGGGGGUGUGAGGUGGAGAGGGCGAGGUUUAUGGGGGAGGAUAUGGGGGUGUUGGAGUUCACGGUUAGGAUUGUGUAG